GGCUACCCCGCGCAGCCGCCGUAUGGUGGCCCGAUGCAGUACCGGCCGCCGCCAGCGGGGCACGGCCAGCCCCCGCCCGGCUACGGCGGGCACCCGGAGGCGACCGGCCGGCGGCCGCGGAGGACGGGCCCGACCUACAAGUACGAUGGGAACAGCAGGAGCCGCGCGCCUCGUUCUCCGCCGUGCCCCCGCCGGCCAGCCUCGACGCCAGCUUCGGCAAGGGGCGCGGCAAGGGCAAGGGCAAGUGGGACGACGGCAACGUUAUCUCCGACGGUAUUCACAUCACCAAUUUGCCAGCAGAGUUGAACAGCUUGGACGCACUGCACCGGCACUUCCGGCGCUUCGGCGAG